AUGUUCACAAAGUCGUCCAAAGAUGCUAGCCAACAGCAGAGCAAGCUAACACCAGCAAAAAAGCAUCAUUCACGAAGCCAAUCAUCGUCAUCUGCUUCAACAUCUGCUGCUCUCAAUAUCAAUACGUCUAAUAACAGCACUAAUGAUUCCUUCAAAUUGAACGACGCUAAUUCAAGAGGUUGGCUAGAAUCAUCUGGCGUACAGGUGAAUCCCUCUCGUUCACUAGAAAAGAAAUCGCAUCACCGAAAGCAGGCAAAAGAACUAUCGCAGAAAGAUGUCUUGGGCGCUGUGUCUGUGGAGGAUAUAUUCAAACUGACUGAAAUGACAGCGAGAUUACCUGAAGUGACUCCACAGGCAUCAACAUCAAAAAGCAAGAACAAGAACCACCAUCGACAUACCUCAGAACCCGCAUCCACCACCCAAAAACCGCUAGAAAUGCCCACCACCUCUCCACCUACAGCUACUGGUGCACCCACAGAGUUGCCUGUUAUCACCACAUCACCCGAUCUCAUCACAAGUUCAUCUUCUAAAAGCAGUCUUUCAUCCUCAUUAGAACCUGUUCAAGAGCAGAAACGUUCUUCCUGGUUACAUCGAAAGAAGAAGGACACAAGCAAAUCAGCUGCAGCAUCCAUUGUGGACGAAUUCUAUCAGAAAAACCCCAAGGAAGACAAUGUGCUUUCCCGCAUACAUUCAAUCAACAUUACGCCUCUAUCUGAUAUCAAAUUUGGACACAAGAAAGCAUCAAAUCUGCAAAAGGAGUCAGAGGUAUCAGAGCCAGAGAGUCGCAGGCAUUCAGCUGAUAAUCACAUCAAUGCUCAAGUGGACACACGGGAGGAGGCUGUGUUGGGUGAAGCCAAGAGGGACGUGCAUGAAGAAAGACCAGACCUUUUUUUGCAUGUAUCAAACGAGGGGCUCGGUGAAGAGAGAGAUCAAACACAUGCAGUCAUUGAGAAACGGCAGCCUGAAGAGCAAGAUGAUGAUCAAGAGAAAGAGGAGAUCAUCACCAUGAAAUUUGACUACUUUACACUACCAACUGAAGUGAAAGGCUUGAUUGAUGCUUAUGAACAUAAGGGCAAGGUAGAACGGAAGCGGAUGGUUGUCAAGUUUAGAAAAGGAAGUAGCCUGGCCAGCAGCAGUGAUAAUACCAGCAGCUUCAUGCAUGAAGAUGGUGACGAAGAUGACUAUUAUGAUGAUGAGGAAGAAGAAGAAGAUAUCGAUGAAGAUGACAAUAGCAACAAAAAUGUAGUUUAUUAUCGAGAUCUGAUAGUGGGCGAGUACGAAAAGAUCAACUACAGAAACAAUCCAGUGAGGGAUAUAGCCAUAUUAUCAACAUCACUGUCAGACAACAUUGAAUUCAUAAAACUGAUACAACUAUCAUCAGAAGAUCCUCCAGAUCAAGGACCUUUGCUUGAUCUACAUGUAUCUAUGUUUGGGGACCAGAAUAGCGAUAUGGACAUGAACAACGAAGCAGAGGAGCUUGAUACCGUACUCCAGAACAUACAGAGCAGACUGGUCAUACUGGACGCUUUUAAAAAGGAAUCAAAUAGCUUUCUCCAGGACCACAUCAGCACCAUGGAAUCUCUCAAUUUAUACCAGCGCCAUAACAAUGAAAUACCCAAACUUUCACGCACAUAUUCCCAACCUUCAUUUACGCCAUAUACCACCGAAGAUCCCGACUCCAUAUCCUAUACAUCAUCAUCCUCAGGCUCCUCAUUUGUAUCUACCGACUCCUCUUCAUCAUCAUCGUCAGGCGUUAUCCUUCGACCCACGCGAGAAAUGCUAUCGCAUCGAAGUUCGUUCAAUAGACAUGCCCAAUCCAUGUACAUUGAGCAUACAGAAGUGAAAACAAGCGACCCAUUCACGUAUCGCCAAGAAGAGAUCAGCUGUUUAAUUAAAUCACUCGAAGCAGAAUUAGUUGAAUUCAAAUCAUCACUACAGAAUACAGAGGAUCUGGUGAAUGAUGUCCAAGUAGAUAUGGAUGACUUUAGAAAUCGAAUGGAGACGUAUAUCAAAGACAUUCCUGAGUCACAUUAUUCAGCGCUCAAGAAACUUGAGGUCGACAUUGAGUCCAUUCUGUCCAAAAGAGCCAAGAAUCCUUGGCUGGACACAGGCUAUGCGCUGCUAUCCUAUCUGCUGACAUUGUUUGCAUUAGUAGUUUGGAUCGUCAUUUACAUUCUGAAGUGGGGCAAAAAAGUAGUGUUGUUCCCGCGCAAGCUAUGGAGGGAUUAUUCAGAUUAUCUAGUGGAGCGUAACAAGGUUGUCAAAAAAGCAAGCAUGCGAUCUGUUGCAGCCGGGACAAGCACAUCAUUGUUUCAGAAAAACAACAACCAAAACAGACAGAGAUCUGCUGCUGCAUGA